AUGCCCUACACGACUGCCAGCUUUCCCAACCAGGCUCUACCCCGCAAUAUGACAGGGAUAUACCUGGGACUGAGUUCUGUCCAGCACGUGGCCACGAGACAGCUGCUCAUCAGAGCAAGACGCCAACAGAGAAAAGUUGAGCUGCUACGAAUCAAAGAGGAAAAAAGAGGUUUUACGGGGAAUCCAGUUAAGCGUCACCCUCAGCCUCCUGCGGAUGACCUCGCGUACCCCGGGGGUCGGGGACAAGGGGAGGUCACCUCUCUGAACCACUCGGCCGUGGGACGCUGCAGUUCCGGUGUGACGGUUGGCUCGUCGGCCUCGCGCCGCUGGGGACCAGGCAAGCGCAUCGACCCUGCCAACCUGGAUGAACUGAUCAGACCCAACUCGCGCAACUUCACCACGGUCUCCAACAGCGGCGUGACCCGCUCGGAGAAGCUGACCGCUUGGCUGGGGCAAAGGUCACACGCGGCGCGCGAAGAGGAGCUGAGGUCAGAGGUCGGAGUGGCUCGCGAGAUCGACCGCAUGAGCUGCGAGGACAUGUCGGGUCUGGAGGAGUGCUUCCGCAGGGUCUGCAAGGGGAAUCUGGAAGCAUUGCACAGUCUUCUUCCCGCCCGGAAACCACAGACUGUGAAACGUGAGCACACAGGCUUCACUGUGAGAAGUUACCGCAACCCCAACCAGGCCGAGAUCCUAGCUGAGUUCCCCAGCCACAGCCACAGCCACAACCACAGCCGCCCAAAGACCGUUCCUCUGCAUCGACCUCUGGUGCCGCAGCCAUACUUCUUCCGGCACUACGUCACCCACCCCGGGGCUGCCUCCCUCGCCACCCAACUCCAACGACACCCGAGUGGAGAAUCAGCCAGCUACUUCCACAGUCCAUCGAAGAUCGUAGCUGCACCAGGGGCUGGCUCCAUCUCGCGCCCUCUGCAGCAGCGCCUGCAGUCUCCCGUUCGCCUCCCUCUCGCCCUCUACGCCAAGCGCUCAUCCACUGCGCUGUCGGGGAAACUCGACGUCACGGCUGACGAAGUCAAGAGUUUGUGGUCCGAAGACAGUCCCACGCAGGCAGACCAGAUUGGUGCAGACUCGACGUCGACGCGCCAGCGACUUGCGGGUGACGUUCGCGUGACGGUGGCGGGGAUCGCCGAAGACGAGGACAACGACAGCAUUCGUCAGACGUCACCCAACAACAGCGAGGAGAUCGACGACAGCGACGCCAUCCACAUACUAAUGGAUAACAACAACGAAAGCAGCGUGGACAUUCCUGUCACGGAAGUCGAGCAGGAAUCGGAGGGGCCGAGCACCACGGAGAACCAGCGGCCGCGGCCGAAGUUGACCGCAUCCAACAGCGGGGCGGACAUCAUGUUGGGACUGGAGACGGAGGAGGGCCAGAGCGCAGAGGUGGAGAUUGACACAGCUGACCAGGAGGAACUCAUGCCAGAAGCUGAAGUUCCAAAAGGUCGCGUGAGAAAGGCGUCCAUCACAGAAAAGGUCAUCAAAUCCAAGGCAUCGGAAGCUAUGGCGGCAUUGAUCAAGGAAGAGGCGGAGAUGAGACAGCGAGAGUUCGAGAAGCUGCUGGACGAACACGCGGAGCUGGUUCAGGAGAUCAGCCGCACUCCCAGCUCCGAGAACCUGAUCCAAGGCGAACGCGACCAUUAGCGGCGUCGAGGGCACACACGCGACUGUACAGGCUCCUGUCAUCUCGCGCCAUCCGAGACAUGUGACGUCAUCGCACCGCCAUCUUGCUCGGUAGUCGUCUCAUUCCAUGUACGACUGUCUUCAUCGUGCUGCCUUCGCUCUCAGACCCGCGUCCUGUCGGUAGUCUGCCAAACGGUGUAGCGCCGCCAGGUGAGCUGACAAGUGUCCUCCUCCCCCGCCCGACAAGUCCAUCUGCUGACAGCCACCUACCAACUCGUCCGUGCUUCAGUGGUUGUUGUGCUGUGAAUAUUAAUUUUGUGUGUGACAGAUUGGUAGGGUCUAUGUUUUCCUCCCAGUCCGGGACAAGGAGGGAAGUUAACGUUUUUUUUUGUUUUUUUUUUUGUGACUGGCUUGUUCACCCACGAUUUUUUAUUGAGCCGGGAUCUCAAAAAAGUUAGGGUUGCUUGUCGUUCAUCUGGUUUCAUAAAGGUGCGCUCAGCCCAGUCCGGCAUACCUGACGUGUCCAUUUUUGCAUUAGCAUCAUUCCUAGACUACCGGCGUUGCGAACAAAGAUGUACAUACUUCAAAACGUCUCCAUGUUGUAAAUUUCCGUAUCCGACGGACAGGCUAGUGUUUCGUUGACCCUCCAUGACAUCAGCAGCAGCAGCAUCUGGAAGUAGUAGGUACUGGUUAGAGCAGACAUACCCGCGGCGUUGUUACUCACACAUGCCAAAAAUCGCCGUUUCAUGUGUAAAAAUACCAUUAUGGAAUUCCAUUGCAGGUGUACGAGGCUCCUUUCACCAAAACCGGUUGAUAGUCAUAUCCAAGAGGUCAGUAACCUAUUGACAAGCGAUGUUAUUGCAUGUAAGAUGUGUUGUCUGCACUGUAACUUAUUUUUGUAACAAAAUAAAAAAUAUAUAGCCUC